AAAGACUCUGUCAGAUAUCACUCCCUCCAUAUACAAAUCAACCAUGGAUUUCCCCAGCAGAGACGACCACCCUCACCCUCACCCUCACCCUCCUCCGCCUCCCCCCAGACACGACGAUGCAACCCGCCAGUUCUUCUCCCACUCCAGCGCAAGACGCAUCAACACCGACGCCGUCAUCGCAACAGCCCUCCGGCAGCAGUACCCCAACCUCUCCCUCUCCAUCGCCCCGGCAGCAACAUGCAAUCUGCUCGCCUACGCGGCCAACGGCCACGCCCAGAUGACGCCCGUGAGCGACGAGCACGAGCAUGACCAUGACCCUGACCAUGAACAUGACACUCCCGUCCCCUCCUCGCUGUCAUGGAAAGUCUACGUGCCGCCAGCCCGGCGCAUGGACGGCGACCUGGGCGUCCUCGCAAAGGACGUCCUCUUCGAAAAGUACCUCGUCCAGUGGCAAGGCAAAGACUUGUUCGCGUAUCUCGUCAACGGCCGCGACGGCUCCAGCUCGUACCCGCAGGUCGCAAACUACUUCCUCCUCGCCGCGCACGAGAGCCUCGCCUCGCAGCUGAUCCUCGCCGCCGGCCGCUGGACCAGCGAGCUGCACGACGAGAUCUGGGUCUUUGACGGCGGCUACUGGGCCAAGAGCGCGGAGCUGUACCGCAGCGCCAUGAAGGCGUCGUGGGACAAUGUCAUUCUCGACGAGGACAUGAAGAGCGCCCUCAUCGAGGACCACUUGUCCUUUUAUCGGUCGAGGGCCACGUAUGAGAGGCUCAAGGUGCCCUGGAAGCGAGGCAUCAUCUACUAUGGCCCGCCGGGGAACGGAAAGACGAUUUCCAUCAAGGCCACGAUGAACAUGCUCUAUCAUCUCAAGCAGCGGGUGACGACGCUGUAUGUGAGGUCUCUGAAGUCGUUCAUGGGGCCGGAGAGGAGCAUUGCUCUCGUCUUUGCCAAGGCACGAGAAUUCGCCCCCUGCUACCUCGUCUUUGAAGACCUCGACACCAUCAUCACCGACGACGUCCGAAGCUACUUCCUCAACGAAGUAGACGGCCUCAAGAGCAACGACGGCAUCUUUAUGAUUGGCAGCACCAACCACCUCGACCGCUUGGAUCCAGGCAUUUCCAAACGCCCCUCUCGCUUUGACAGGAAAUACCUCUUCCCAGACCCCGACUUCGCCCAGCGCGUCGCCUACGCCCGCUUCUGGCAGAAGAAGCUCGCCGACAACAAGUCCAUCAGCUUCCCCGACAAGCUGUGCGCCGCCAUCGCCGACAUCACCGACGGCUUCAGCUUCGCGUACAUGCAGGAGGCCUUUGUCGCGGCGCUGCUCGCCAUUGCGCGCAGGGAGCAGCCUGGCGACGAUGGAGAAGACGGGGAUGAGGAGGGCGAGGAGGGCGAGGACGACGAGACCAUGGUCCAGACGGUGGAUUUGGCCGAGGACGACUGGUUGGAUGAGUUGCCGCUUUGGGUGGAGAUCAAGAAGCAGGUUGCAAUCUUGCGGGAGGGCAUGGAGGACAAGACUGCGUGAGUGUACUUUUCGGUGUUGAAGAUGGGGGGUUUUUGGGACGAAUCAGGAUGAGAUCCUACAGAUUGACCGAUGGAUCACAGGGCGUGACAGCAGAAAUGUAUCGAGAGACUCGGCGGUUCCUUUAUUGUUCAACUUCCUUUUCAUGCUAGACAGCCAGUAAUCAAAUCAUAAAUAGCAGAU